UGAUAACCCUAUUACUUUUCUUUAGAGCAGUGAAGUGGUGACCAUUGUUUAUUCUGCAUUUAUUUGUUCUGGUGAGCACGUCAGAUACAGCAGAGGAAACUUAGGAUGCCUGACCGUCGUUGUCGGGGUCUUUUUGUCACAAAGCUGUUGUGGUUUUCGCGGUGGUCUCUUCAGUUCCUUGCACUCCUGUUAACAAGCACCUCAGCGAGAGAGGCAGCAGCAGCCGCGGCAGCAGAAGAGCAAGCGGAGGCGCCUGGUGUCAUGACCAGGGCAGGAGAGCACAACCGUCAGGGAGGAUGCUGCGGAUCCUUAGCAAACUACCUGACCUCUGCAAAAUUCCUCCUCUACCUUGGUCAUUCUCUAUCUACUUGGGGGGAUCGGAUGUGGCACUUUGCAGUGUCUGUGUUUCUGGUAGAGCUCUAUGGAAACAGCCUCCUCUUGACUGCAGUCUACGGGCUGGUGGUGGCAGGGUCUGUUCUGAUCCUGGGAGCCAUCAUUGGCGACUGGGUGGAUAAGAAUGCCAGACUUAAAGUGGCCCAGACUUCACUGGUGAUCCAGAAUGUUUCGGUCAUCCUGUGUGGAAUCAUCCUGAUGAUGGUUUUCUUACAUAAAGAGGAGCUUCUGACCAUGUACCAUGGAUGGGUUCUUACAUCCUGCUAUAUCUUGAUCAUCACUAUUGCAAAUAUUGCAAAUUUGGCCAGUACUGCUACUGCAAUCACAAUCCAAAGGGAUUGGAUUGUUGUUGUUGCAGGAGGAGACAGAAGCAAAUUAGCAGAUAUGAACGCUACCAUACGAAGGAUUGACCAGUUAACCAACAUUUUGGCCCCCAUGGCUGUCGGCCAGAUUAUGACGUAUGGCUCUGCUGUCAUUGGCUGUGGUUUCAUUUCCGGAUGGAAUUUGGUGUCCAUGUGUGUGGAGUACUUUCUGCUCUGGAAGGUUUACCAGAAAACCCCUGCUCUAGCUGUGAAAGCUGCUCUUAAAGUAGAGGAAACUGAGUUGAAACAGCUGAAUUCAUACAAAGAAACUGAGCCAAAACCCCUGGAGGGAACUCAUCUAAUGGGUGAGAAAGAGCCUGAAAUCCACGAGCUUGAACCUGAGCAAGAGCCAAGCUGUGCCUCCCAAAUGGCUGAGCCCUUCCGCACCUUCCGAGAUGGAUGGGUCUCCUAUUACAAUCAGCCAGUGUUUCUGGCGGGCAUGGGUCUUGCUUUCCUCUAUAUGACUGUCCUGGGCUUUGAUUGCAUCACUACAGGGUACGCCUACACUCAGGGGCUGAGCGGCUCCGUCCUCAGUAUUUUGAUGGGAGCAUCAGCCAUAACUGGAAUUAUGGGAACUGUGGCUUUUACGUGGCUGCGUCGAAAAUGUGGCCUGGUCCGGACUGGCCUAAUCUCAGGAUUUGCACAGCUUUCCUGUUUGAUCUUGUGUGUAAUCUCCGUGUUCAUGCCCGGAAGCCCCUUGGACCUGUCUGUUUCUCCUUUUGAAGAUAUCCGUUCUAGGUUCAUUCAAACAGAGCCACUUUCAAUUACACCUACAGAAUUACCUGCAAUCAUCUCUACAGCUGAAAUACACAAGUCAAACGAGUCUGAUCCUGCUAGUAUUAUCCCAGAGAUGAGUCCUAAAUCUGUGCCCGUAACCUCUGUCAGUCUGCUGUUCGCAGGCGUCAUUGCUGCUAGAAUCGGUCUUUGGUCCUUUGAUUUAACUGUGACACAGUUGCUGCAAGAAAAUGUAGUUGAAUCUGAAAGAGGCAUUAUAAACGGUGUACAGAACUCCAUGAACUAUCUUCUUGAUCUUCUGCAUUUCAUCAUGGUCAUCCUGGCUCCAAAUCCUGAAGCUUUUGGCUUGCUCGUAUUGAUUUCAGUCUCCUUUGUGGCAAUGGGCCACAUCAUGUAUUUCCGAUUUGCCCAGAAAACUCUGGGCACCCAGCUUUUUGUCUGUGGUCCUGAUGAAAAAGAAGUUACCGAUGAAAAUCAAACUAACACAUCUGUUGUGUAAGACAGUUUAACUGUUGCUCUCACUGUUACUAGAUUAUGAGGGGCCUGUGUGUUUAUUUUGUACUUUAGAAUCCCAAUAAAUGGCUGGGUGUCUCUCUUUGGUUUUACCACAGCUAUACCUUGAAGGCUAAAAGCUGUUUAGAAUAUCUUAAGCCAGCAGAAAUGAGCUAGUUAUUUUCCCUUAUAUUCAAAGAUGGAAAAAAAAUAGGAAAAGAAAAACUCGGUUUAAAUACGGAGACUAAAAUGGUGACACUGAUUUUUCUCUAUUUCUCACGAGUAGAUAAAAUUUACAUAAGUGAGUGGUUAGUCAUGUGAAGUAAGUUACUCUUUGGCAGAUACUUGUUAUCUGUACUAGAUCCAAACAUGUCAGUUUCCCCUAAAACUCACUCUUGUUCACUAAUUUACUUUUUAAAAAUCUCAUUCUCAGUGGUAUUAUAAAAACAAAUCCCCUUCCAAGUGUGAAGAUUAAAGGUUGAUAACCAGUAUUCUCUUCAUUGAUCCUCUCAAUCUUAAGGGAUUUACAUACAUAUGUAAAAAGGAAAUACUUAGCUGAAAUUCUCUAACAGGGCUUAUGGUUUAGCUUUAGAGAGCACCUUUGUAGUUUUAUUAUCAGAUAGGGCAAAAUAUUGUAUUAAGUAUAUGUAGCACUUCAUAAAAUGGCUGUCAUGUAAGCUGCAAAGCUGUGAAGUAGAUUUAUAACACGCCAGUGGGUUGGCCAUAGAAACUAGAGGUUAACAGUCACACGGAAGGGCCAGAACCAAAUUUAACUCACACCUCUCUCCUUAAUGAUCUCUGUCUGGGAAUGUGAGGGAGUUAAAGGCAGAAAGCAAACCCAAACUUGGAAAAGGUUUUGUUUUAUAAAUCACUUGAUUUACUUACAACAUGCUCUGGCAGAGCAUUUUUCCUUUUACUGUUUUGUACCCAGGAGUUAUUUUUACCUAGUUGUAGAGGAAGACUGCUCAUGAAUGUAUCCCUUUUAAAUGCCUUUGAUAACGACGGAGGAAAAAAACCCCUUUUGUAUAUAUUUUUAAAAACUGUUUUGCAAAACAUUUUGCAGCAUGCCAGUACCAACGGGGUCCUUUGCCUUAAUCAUUCAUGCACUUUCGUGGAGACUGCAAUACAUUGCUACGAGCACUUUCUUGAUCCUUGAGGUUUAAUCUUUUUCUUCUUUCUGUAGUAUGACAUAAUGAUUUACUAUGUUGUAAAAUCUUUCUAAAAUAUUUCUAUAUAAAAACAUU